UAUUCUGGUUCUUUCGUCAGUAAUGGACAAUCUAGUAUCAGUUUGAAAGUCUACUUGUCCCUAUAAUUCCUCUAGCAUUCCAGAAUGUCUAUAUUUAAUACAUUUACACCAGCUACUUUACGCCGGUUUUAUGAAUUACUUGUAUUAAAGUGGUGUAAACGCUAUUUUACUCCGGUUUUACCGGUAAGACCGUCGUAAAACGUUUAUACGGCAUUUAACACUAGUAGUUACAAAAUCGAUAUAAGGCAGGCGGUGUAAAUGCACUAAAUGAGGUAAAAUCAAGUAAUAUUGACACCAGGUUAGAAUUCAGAAUUCUAAAAACCAGAAUUAAAUUGCAAACGUAAUCUAACUGUAUAAAAUACUUUCAAACGAUUCUUUGAAAAUGGGACAUCACUAAAAUAUAAAAAAUGGACAAAGGAAAACAAUUCGAGCAUUCUAAAAAGCACCAAGAGAUAAUUAAUUCCUACACCUUGGAUUCAAAUCAUGCUUCCGAAAUAAACAAUCCAUGUCGAAAGGAAGAAAAAAUGUCAUACAAAUGCCUCGAUGAGAAUAACUACAACAAAGAUUCCUGUACACAAUACUUCGAAAAUUACAAGGCCUGCAAAAUGUUCUGGAAUUCUGUUGUAAGAAAGCGUAAAUUAGAGGAUAUUAGACCUUUUCUACCUCAUCCAGAUGAGAGAGAAACAAUUAAGGCUGAACAUAUGAAAACAUUUCAAAGGAAUGUAUGAACAUUUUUACUCUGAUUAGUUCUUACUAGAAUGUGUAAAUAUAUCUUUUUAGAUUGAGGUAUUUUAUUGUUCUUUUAGUAAAAGAUUGUAUUAAAAGUUUAGAGAUUAACAAAAACAGUAUAUACAAUUUUAAGCAUGUCUGAUGAAAGAUAAAGGAUACACGGGUCCAAUGAUGUACUCGCCGAGAUAUAUUGAAAAUGAAAUUCAUAUAUUUACAUGUACACAAAUUCUGCUUUGUUUUACUAAAAACAAUGCUUAAUGUAUAUCAACUCCAUAAUAAAUUUGUACAUACGUCUUUAGUUACUGCA